GUUGCGGAUGGUUUUCUACCUACUGUUUUUCUGUAAAAAUUACGAAAAUUACAUUAUUCUAGCAGUUUUUCGGGUGUAAAACGAUGAAGUUCGCUUAUAAGUUCAAAAACCUGCUCGGUUCCGUGUACCGGCAAGGCGCCCUGCUGUUCAGCCCCGAUGGAAACUCCGUUAUCAGCCCGGUGGGCAACCGAAUCACGAUAUUCGAUUUGAAGAACAAUAAAUCGCACACCCUCUCGCUGGAGAGCGAGUACAACUACACCGCGCUGGAUCUGUCCCCGAACGGGUGCAUCCUGGUGGCGGUCAACGAAACGGGCGAGGCUCAGAUGAUCAGUAUGAUAUCGCACACCGUGGUCCACCGGUACAAGUUCAAGGGCGCGGUGAAGUGGUUGCGCUUCAGUCCGGACGGGAAAUUCUUUGCCGCGUCGGUGAACAAUGCAGUGCUGGUGUUCCGGGCCCCGGGGGAGCUGAGUGGGACGUACAAUUCGUUUGCGAUACAACGGGCGUUCGAGAUUGCGUACGACGAGACGACGUUCAUCGAUUGGGCUUGUAACUCGAAGAUUCUGGUUGUGGGAUCGAAGGACAACUCGGUGCGCGUGCAGGGCGUAGAGUUCCUCAAGAACUUCCGGCCGGUUGUGUUGGGAGGGCAUCGAGACGCCAUUGUGGGGUGUUUCUUUGAGGAACAAACGCUAGAUGUGAACACGGUCAGCAAGGAUGGUUUGCUGAUGCUGUGGGAGUGCAGUACGGAAGUUGAGGACAUUUCAGCGGGUUACAAAACAGGAGCCAGAGAAGUCUCUGCAGUGAAGAAGCUCAAAGAGGAAGAUGAGGACGAAGUGGAGGACGACAUUGCAGCAGAUAAGGAUAUUGAAAAAUCCGGAAAAGAAAAGGAUGAAGGUGUUGAGCAUGUUCAGGGAGAUUUCGAUGAGGAUGAUGAUCGAGACGAGAAAGGAAGGCUGGUCAAAAGGGAACCAAAGAAGGAUUUCAAAUACAAACGACUUGCUCGACACUAUCUGGCGGAUGAAGCCCGGAAGGAGAACCCGAAAGCUUUUGUCACUGCUGCGGCGUACCACAAAAAGAUGAAAAUCCUUAUAACGGCGUUUUCUACUGGAGUGUUCUAUCUAUAUGAGCUUCCGGACGUCAACAUGAUCCACUCCUUGAGUAUUUCCGAGUUCCGGAUUGAUUCUGUCGCGUUCAACAAUACCGGAGAUUGGCUUGCCCUGGGCGUUCCGCAAGUCGGUCAAUUGCUAGUGUGGGAGUGGCAGAGCGAACAGUAUAUUAUGAAACAGCAGGGUCAUUCGACCGGAUUGAAUUGCGUCACCUACUCCCCCGACGGGCAGCUACUGGCGACCGGUGGUCUGGACGGGAAGGUCAAACUGUGGAACAUCACGAACGGAUUCUGCUUCGUGACGUUCGCCGAGCAUUCCAGUGCGGUCACCGCCGUGGAAUUCAGUGGAAACAAGAAGUUCUUCGCAACGGCAUCCCUGGACGGAACCGUUCGUGCCUACGAUAUUGUCCGCUACAGAAACUUUCGGACGUUCACCUCGCCAGAACCGGUGCAGUUCGCAUCGGUGGCCGUCGAUCAUUCCGGCGAGCUGGUAGCCGCAGGUGGUCAGGAUGUGUUCGAAAUCUAUCUCUGGUCAAUGAAACUCGGUCGACUGCUGGAAGUACUAAGCGGCCACGAAGGUCCGGUUGUUACUUUGGCUUUUUCACCGGUGGCAUCGUCCUCCACGAUGAUAUCCGGUUCUUGGGAUAAAACCCUCCGAGUCUGGGACUGCCUAGAGUCAUCAGGUGCAAGCGAAACCAUCGAUGUGGCCUCGGAUGUCCUUUCGGUGGCGUUCAAACCGAACGGGGAAGAAGUGGCCGCCGCAUCGUUGAAUGGAAAUAUUACGGUGUUCCAUGUGAAGACGGCCCAGCAGCUGGCGUCCAUCGAAGGGCGAAAUGACAUGGGUGGCACCGUGUCGGAGACGGAUAUGAACACUGCCCAGAGGAACCUUCUUGGAAGAGCAUUUACCUCAAUUUGCUACUCAGCCGAUGGCGAAUGUAUCCUGGCAGGUGGAAAGUCCAAAUACGUCUGCAUCUAUAACGUGCGAGAAGCCAUUCUGCUGAAGAAGUUUCAAAUCACUCAGAACCGCAGCUUAGACGGAAUGGAUGAAUACAUGAACCGGAAAAACUUGACCGAAUUCGGCAACAUGGCUCUAAUCGAAGAGCGAGAAGAGCUUGAGGGUGGCAACGUGGCUAUUCGCCUUCCCGGCGUAAAGCGGACCGACCUCUCUGCGCGAAAUCAAAAACCGGAAGUGAACGUGUUUGCCGUUCGAUUCUCCCCGACCGGUCAAUCGUGGGCCGCCGCUUCCACCGAGGGUCUACUGAUGUAUUCGCUCAACAAGGGCAUCGUUUUCGAUCCGUAUCAACUGUCAGUGGAAAUUACGCCAAAGGCUACCCGGGAGCUGCUCCGGAAGCAGGACUACUCGGCCGCUCUGAUCAUGGCACUAAAACUGAACGAGAACAAUCUUAUUCACGAGGUGAUAGAGCAGGUGCCCUACUGUGAUGUGGAGCUAAUCAUCCACUCCCUGCCGGAUGAAUUUGCCCACCGGACGCUGAUGUUUGUGGCAAAGAUCGUUGCCUCCAGCCCACACAUAGAAUUCUACCUCAAAUGGUCCAAUCUGCUGCUGACGAAACUGGGCCAACAGGAGAACGUCCUUACCCAGCAGACGCUGGUACUGCUCCGUCAGAAUCUGAACCGGAAGUACGAGGCGUUGAAUAAGAUAUGUGACUUCAACAAGUAUACAAUCCAAGUGUUGAAGAACUUAAGCCUGGACAAAGCGAAGAAAGACGAGCGGAAGCGGUUAGAAAUGGUGGAAGAUGGCAACGACGAUGAAGAGGUAAGUGAUAGUGAACUGAUGUUGAUUGAUGGACACCGAAACGAAAGCGGAAGUGACGACGAUGAUAGUGACGAAGAAGAUGCUUCGGAGGAAUAAAGAAAAGAAAAAUACGGCUAA